AGCUCAUUCUUAUUUAUAGUUUGUGAAAGGACCCAGACAAUACAAGCAGAAAAAUGGCAUCACAGUCUCAGUCUGUAGAUGAUGUUUUGGUCCAUUUGAUGUCGAUGGGAUUUGAUUACCAAGAUUGUCAAGAUGCUUUCCAGAUGGGAAGAAUUACAGUGGAAUCUGCAGCAGAAUGGUUAUGUGCAGGGAAACCAGGUUUUGUGAAAAAUGUAGAGAGCAGUUCAGGAAAUUUAAAACUGAGAGGGAACUCAUCUGGAUUUAAGGAAGGAAAUAAUCCAUUUGUUGAUCCAAGCAGUUCAAAACCUAAACCAGAACCAGAAAAUAUUGGCCAAUCAGAUUCUGCAGAGAUGUCACAUGGUAUGGAGGAUGACCAAUCAGAAAGUCAAGUAAUGAGCAGGUUACAUCUGAGUGAAACACAGAAAAAAAUCAAAGAAAAGUUUGUAGAUAAACAAAGGACAGAAAUGAAGCAAGAAGUGAUUAAAGAUAAACAGAGAAGGAAAAGGGAUCAUGCAAGGAUUUUGAAAGAGAUAGCAGAAGAUAGAGAGAAACAAAAGUUAACACACAGUACAGUAAAACAAGAAGUUGUAGAACAGAAACAAGAAGAACAGCCCAAACCUGCACCAGUAGCAGCUAGUCAUGAUAAAUGUCUGUUAAAGAUCAGAAUGUUAGAUGGUAGUUUUCUGAAGCAGUCUUUUGCAGCAUCAGCUACAUUUAAAGACGUAUGGAGAUACAUAACAGACAAUAAUAAGUCUAGAGGGAUUCCAAUAGUAGCAAUACAGCCAUUUCCACAUAGAGAAUAUGGAGACAAUGAUAUGGACAGGACAUUACAAGAACUUGGUCUCACUCCCUCUGAUUCAUUGGUUGUACAAAAGAAAGAGAUCAAGCAAGCAACAGCUGGAACAGCAGAAAUGUCUCCAGUGGAUGGACAUCCUUCACCUGUGUCCCCUAAACAGCCAGGAAGUAGUUCUAACUGGGGUCAAGGCCAGAGAUUAGAUGAUGAGAAUCCCGGUGAUGAAGAUUUAGCAGACAUUGAGAGUGACGACAGCGACGAAGAACCUCAUCAUCCACAUGGGGGAUUUCCACAUGAUAUACCAGGAUUAGGACAAGGGCUUCCAGGUUUUGGGGGACCCCCAGGAAUGGGACAAGGGAUGCCUGGUCUAGGAGGACAUCCUGGAAUGGGUCAAGGGUUUCCUGGAUUUGGUGGACAAGGAAUGGGACCAGGGAUGCCUGGAUUUGGAGGAGGGGGACAUCCUGGAUUUGGUGGAGCAGCUGGUGGUCAGAUGUUUGAAGGAGUUGGUCAGCGUCUAGGGGAUGGACACCCGGAACAGGAUGUAGCUCACCAUAACAGACCUGCUAGAGAACUCGCUGCUGAGAGAGCCAGACAACGGUUCCAAGAACCACAACCAGAAAGAUCUAAUCGAUCCCCAGAACCACCACACCCUGUGGCCCAUCAGGUGCCCUCGCUUCUUAAUCUAUGUAUGAACCACAUAUCUCAACGCCUCAAUGAUCCAGUACAUCAACUUAGGUCUCUGUCAGGGGUGGCUGAAGAUCUCGCUCAGAAACUUUUAGAUUACCUGCUGAAAAAUAGGCUGCUAAAGCCUAAAACAUUAAAUGCUUUUAUCCCUUGUUAUUUAAGAAAACUGAUUUUGGAUUGCUAUCCUUAUGCAGCAAAUGAACUUCUGAGUGCAGUAAGACACCACCAUCAGUUGUCACAGUUAAGUUUGUGUUCCUGUCCAUUAAUCACAGACCAAGGGAUGCAAGUUAUUACUGGUUUGAAGAAGUUGAGAUAUUUAAAUUUACGUUGUUGUAAACAGAUCACCAACAAAAGUUUAGAGACAAUCUCAGCUUUACAAUCACUGAUAUCCUUAAACCUAGAGGAGACUGGUAUUACAGAGAGUGGGUUUGAGGAUUAUUUACAGAAAACUACCCAACAAUUAGUCCAUCUUAAUUUGAAUAGAACAGCCAUCACUGAGAAGAUUAUUCCAUGUCUGAAAAAUAUGAAAACCCUAAAGACUUUGUACUUGGAACAAACUAAGGUGUGUGGUUUGACAGGUAUACAAGAUUUAGAGAACUUGGAGACGUUAGAUGUGGCUCAUACUGAUGUUGUAACAGAUUCACUCUUAUGUCUACAGCAGAAUAAAGCCUUGACAUGUCUAGGGAUAUCUCAUACAGAGAAAGUUCAUGGAGAUAGAGCUCUGGCAUAUCUGUCAGGUAUGAAACUACAAGCAAUAAACCUGCCUAGUCGACUGACAACAACUGAUGUAGGAAUGAAAUCAUUAGUAGGAUUCCAGUUAACCAGUUUAGACUUGACAAAUUAUAUUAAUGUUGGGGAUGAUGGGAUGCAACCUAUCGGCCAGAUUACAACGUUAAAGAAGUUGAUGCUUGGUAAUACCCAUGUGACAGACACAGGCAUGCUCUUCUUAGAAGGGUUAAAGAAUUUAGAAGUAUUAUAUCUGGAUAAAACCAGUAUAACAGAUGAAGGUGCUUCUGUUAUAAAGUAUUUCUGUAGCCUGUAUGAAUUAUCCUUGUCAUCAACAUUGGUAACAAGCAAGUUUAUUCUCCAUGGAACAUUGGACAACAUGCAUUUCCUCACCAAACUAAAUCUAAGUCGAAGCAAAGUUUCUUCAAAAGGAGUAAAGUGCUUGAAGCUUCCCAAUCUAACAUUACUUAAUUUAGAUGGAACCCACGUGAAGCCUGGAGUACCAGAAUUACUGUAUGGAACCUGUCCAAAUCUAAAGAAUGUUACAUCAGCUAAUUUGGUUUAUGGUAAUUCUGAUGAAGAGGAUAAUUAAAUAUACAACUGAGUUUGAUAUGACAAAGAAGGACAACUGAGGAAUAAAUAAGUCAUAGAAAAAAAAAGAAUGUUAUAGAUCAAAGAAUUCUUUGUAAUCAGUGAUUCUUGGACAGGUUGCACAAAGUGCAAAACCAUGUUUUAGUAUUGUGAUGUU